AUGGACACCCAACAAACGUCACACAGCCUGUUCGAGGUGUACCUUCGACUGCGCCCAGCCAACACUGUAGCGACCUCUGGCGAUCGAUUCCUAGAUGUUGAUCCCCCAGGACCAGGCGAGAGUGCACCCAAGCAUAUCACAUUAAACCCGCCAGCCGAUAGACGUCGAGCAAGCGAAAAGUUCGCUUUCACCCAGGUCUUUGAAGAAGAUGCCACACAGCUUGAUGUCUUUCACUGUACUGGGGUUGCCAGCCUUGUCGAGGGUGUCCUUGCUCCCUAUGGCGAUGGAACGGAUGCUUUGUUGGCGACGCUGGGAGUGACGGGGUCUGGAAAGACACACACCAUGCUUGGAACACGAACCCAGCGUGGCUUAACCCAAAUGUCUCUCGACCUCAUCUACCGUUCCCUCGGCCACCGCGUCCUUGAUCCCUCUAUAUACCCAAACCUCGAACAGUCCCUCAGCGCAUCCGAUCCGUCAGAAGCCACCAUACUCCCGGCCACUGCCUACCUCGAGUCGGUCUAUAGCACAGAUCCGACAACAUCCUUCCUGCGUGGAAGUGGCAAUGGCCGAUCAACACCUUUACAAGUACGACCUUUCGCUUCUGUCUCUUCUCGAUUUCCAACAGACAAGCCCAUUUGUCGGACCUCUUCUACUUCUUCUAUCGCGCACCAGUUUGGUGCAAGAACACCUGCUGGACCUUUUCAACAAGCCCAGCGGUCGGCCAGUAUCCGAUUAAUCGUUCCCGAGGAACCAGAACAAGAACAAGACGAGUCAACGGUGUUCUUCACGCCUCCUAGUCGGGCUGGAACCGUAACUCCCACGCAGACAACCACAAGCAGGCUUCCGUGCCCAAGUCCGAGUGGAUUUGGUCACAAGCCCGGCGACUCCCCAUCUCCUCAACGAGGUAGUCGACUUCCAGCCUACCAACCCCAGCGGGUUGGCGCUUCUCCUACUAAGCAGCAGCACCUUCGCCCUGCUGUCUCUUCUGCAACUCUUCCUCAUUUCACAGCUACCUCUUCCUUACGUUUCGCAACCAGACCUUCUAACCUUCAACAGAACGAUUCGUCUACUCCACGCCGCUUUCGCCCUUCCGCCCUUCCACAAAACCCGGAUAUCACCCAUCUAAACGUCCCAUGCGACAACUCGGCCGAGUACGCCAUCGUCAUAUCCAUGUACGAAGUCUAUAACGACCGCAUCUUUGAUCUCCUCUCUCCACCUGUGAAAUCUGCCGCCACCAAAGAAUACCGCCGUCGACCGUUGCCGUUCAAACCUACCGAACUUUCGCCGGACCGAAAAGUGGUGGCCGGACUACGAAAGGUGGCUUGCGGCAGCCUCGACCAGGCGUUGAUGGUCUUGGAAGCGGGUUUGCAAGAGAGAAGGGUGGCGGGGACGGAGAGUAAUACGCAGAGUUCACGGAGUCACGGGUUCUUCGUGGUGGAAGUGAAAAAGAGGUUUUCGCUUGGUGGGCAGCACACUGGAUGGUAUGGAGGCGCAGGAUGGGCGGGUAAUUCGUUGACGAUCGUAGAUCUUGCGGGCAGCGAGAGGGCCAGAGACGCAAAGACAGUCGGACACACGUUGGCGGAGGCGGGCAAGAUCAACGAGAGCUUGAUGUAUCUGGGGCAGUGCUUGCAGAUGCAGGUGGCAGGUGGGAAAGAAAAGGCAAAUCUAGGUCUAAUCCGCCGGUGCAAAUUGACCGAGUUGCUCUUCACCAACUCGUUUCCCAACGCCAACAACCAACAACAGCAUCGAAACCCCCAGAAAGGGAUAAUGAUAGUCACCGCCGACCCUCACGGUGACUUUAACGCCACUUCGCAAAUCCUUCGCUACUCUGCUCUAGCGAAAGAGGUUACGGUUCCUCGUCAGCCGCCCACAUUCCCGCCCUCCAACUCCUUUUCCAGCUCUUUGCCACCCAUCGGCAGCCCUAAUCACCAGUAUCUCUCCUUCCAACAAACUCUCGAAUCCGCCGCCCUUGAGAUCUCUCGUUUACAAGAAGACCUCACCUACCUUCGGCACGCCCUCGACUCUGAACGCAGCCUACGGGAACAAGCAGAAGCGCAUCUGUUGAGCAUGGAAGACAAGAUGGUCGAACUGGAGCAGGCGAUCCGUGAAGAUUGCGCAGAGGAGUUCGAAAAGAGGUUAGAAUUGGAGGUGAACAGAUGGAAGACAAUUGUCGACGGGGAAAGAGAAAGGGGCGAAGAGUUUUGGAGGGGGAAAUGGGGGGUCUUUGAGCGGAUGGUGGAGGCUGAUGGAGAUGUCGACAUGGAUAUGGACGUUGACAGCCCCAGGAAAGAGCAUGGGGACACAACGCUGGUGGAAACGAGGACAACGGAGAGCAGGGAGGUUCGACGGCAGAUGGAAACCCUCAGCGAAGAAAACGAGCGGCUACAAAUGGAGAACGAAGCGCUAAAACAGGCUUUGGCGGCUUGUAGCAAUCCCGCCAAGCCUACAACUAACAAGAACAAGUCGCCCAGUCGGAGGUCACCAAGUCGCAGUCGGAGAAAGAAGGCUCAGCUCAACUAUGCGGAUGAUGACGAUGAUUUCUUCCAGGAGUUGAAGAGGGAUCAGAACAGGGACAAGGAAGAGGAUAUGGCCAUGGAUCAUGGGUUUGGCGAGGCAAUGGGGGGCGGAGGAGGUGGUGUGAAUGGGAUGACAGCAGGAAGCCCGACCAAGAAGAAGAGGAUCAGAAGGCUAGGAGCAAAGAAAUGGGGACAGGGCUUGGAUGAUGAUGAUCCUUUCUAG